UGACAUCACACAUGCCUCUAAUUUGCAACCCACAAGUCUGAAUACAGCGAUAUUAGUUAGAAUAGUCGCGGAUUAUACUAAUUAAGAGAUUUAAUUAGAAGUCAUGUCGUGUCACCGUCGUCGCGUCGUUUAUAAAGGUUGUUCGGCCGCAAACUUUGAGGUUAGUUGCGUAAUGGCGGCCGUCAGGUGGCAGUGGUGUCCGUGAUCGAUUCGGCUAAAAUUUCGAAAAUUCGCUCCGCCGCGGCUCCGGGGGCGACAAUCCAGUGCCUUCGUGCCGUCUCGAACCCCCCAAGUGACUUUGGUCCGGUCGAAUUGGUCGUUUCGCGGGCGUUCGUGCCGGCGAAGUUGGUCCUUUGUCGCGUCGCCGUUGGCAGCAGUGCAGGUGACAGUUGUCCACAGUCGCUGGUUUGUGAAUUUUUCCGAAGCUGAAGGGUCAGCCGCGGUUUAAAUGGGCCAGUUGAACCUCCAUCAUGGGUUAUAAUCAGUCGACCUAUAGCUAGCUGUAAGCCAAACUGCCGUGUCCUCAAGCAAGUGCGUUAGUUCGUAAAUCCAGCGUGUGUAAAUGUUCGGCUCAGGUUAAUUACGAUGGAUACAAUGUGGCGAAAAAAAGUGUGAUAAUUUCAUUUCUAGCGGCUAUGGCUGUCCAGUAGAGUGUUAACGUCUCAGUUGAUUCGUUUUAAUUAGUAUUCGCGUUAAUUUACUAUUUAGUUUGAUUCUCCGUUGGAAACCCAUCAUGGUCAAAGAGAAACCAAAUUCCAUCCGCAUAUACGACGAAGAAGGCUUCCGGCGACGUGCGGCUUGCAUUUGCGUUCGCUCCGAUGCCGAGACUGAAGUCCUUUUGGUGACGUCUUCUCGCAGGCCCGAGAAAUGGAUUGUUCCCGGAGGCGGCGUCGAACCGGAGGAGGAACCGAGCGUGACCGCCACGAGGGAAGUCCUCGAAGAAGCGGGCGUCAUCGGCAAGCUAGGACGUAGCUUGGGAGUUUUUGAAAAUUUGGAACACAAAGACAGAACUGAAGUGUAUGUCAUGACAGUAACCGAAGAACUAGACGAAUGGGAAGACUCGAAGACCAUAGGCAGGAAAAGGCAGUGGUUCACGAUAGAAGAGGCUCUAGAACAGCUCGCUUUGCACAAACCGGUGCAACGUAAUUAUCUUCAACAAUUACGUCGCUCGAAACUAACAUGAGAUUUGGUUUUUUAUAAUAUUGAUUAAUUUAGAAAAACUGUUACUGUCAAACAUGUGCUUGAGGUUUUAUGGGUAUUUAUUAAUCAUGGAAAUUCGACUAUAUGUGAGAUAUUGAAUUCGAUUUUUCGUAGUUAUUCUGCAACAAUAAUGCUCUCGGUUAUAGUGAGGUAUUGUUCAUUUUACGCCAGUUCUGUUUACAUUUUUUUUUUUUCGAUUUACACUUAAGACAUAGUACUUUCCUAUUGUUUUGUUGCCUUUUGUUAUAACCUGAAUAUCAGAACAAUAAAAUGUUAUUUAAUA